ACGAUGCUUCCGGUGAUUGUAGUUUAGUCUCUGAGAGGGAAGAUGACACAGCCAUGACGGUAAUACGCAAUUCAUUUCAUGGAAAAACCGAAACGACACAAAUGCAUCACACUUCGUCAUUUUUCUCACAGAAUAAAAAUAAAUCAAAAUUGUAUUUAUUCACAACAAAAAAAAAAAAAAUUAUAAAUACAUAACACAAACUCUUCAAAAUGAGGCCACGCAACAACAACAACAACAAUAACAGAUUCGUUUUCAAUUUCAACAACAACCAAUAUUCAAGCCCCACCGAAUCACGUCGACGAAGAAUCGCGUUUCCGAAGCGAUUAUUACUCGAUUUAAUGGCGGGACAAUCAAGGAAAUGGAUGAUCCUUGUUGUUACGAUAUGGAUUCAAGCAUUUACAGGAACGAAUUUUGAUUUCUCACAAUAUUCAUCUUCGUUGAAAUCUGCGCUUGAGAUUUCGCAGGUUCAGCUUAAUUACUUAGCUACUGCGAAUGAUAUGGGAAAGGUUUUUGGUUGGUCUUCUGGUUUAGCUCUUAUGCAUCUUCCUGUUUCGGUUGUUAUGUUUAUUGCUGCUUUUAUGGGGUUUCUUGGUUAUGGUCUUCAAUGGCUUCUUAUCAAUCAUUUCAUCUCUUUGCCUUAUUUUCUGGUGUUUCUUCUGUGUCUUUUAAGUGGCUGUAGCAUCUGCUGGUUCAACACAGUAUGUUUUGUGCUCUGCAUUAGGAAUUUUCCGAUUAACCGAACACUUGCAUUAUCACUUACUGUGAGUUUCAAUGGUGUUAGUGCAGCCCUUUACACCCUUGCUGCCAAUUCAAUAGACCCUUCGUCUGAUUCACUGUAUCUUCUUUUGAAUGCUCUUGUUCCCCUUCUUGUUUGCAUUGCAGCAGUUAUUCCGAUUCUUCGCCAACCGCCUUUAGAUCCUCUCCCUCCUGAUGCAGUUAACCGGGACUCAUUAAUAUUUCUAAUCUUGAACUUCUUAGCCAUUUUCACCGGCCUUUAUCUACUCUUGUUUGGCGCAUCUGCUUCUUCUGUGGCUUCCUCUCGGCUCCACUUUGGCGCAACCGUUCUUCUCCUCACCCUCCCGUUGUUUAUUCCUGGCAUUAUAUAUGCUCGCUCGUGGGCUCAGCGUACCAUCCAUUCCAGCUUUCGGAUAGAAGGAUCCAGCUUCAUUCUUGUUCAUGAUGAUGAUCUUGAGCUGCAUAAAGAACUACUUAGCCAUCACAGUAGUCUUGUUGGUAAUGGAGAUGACAACGGAGAUGCUUACAACCUGCAAAGUGACAAUGGAUCCAUGUUUUCAAGUCGAAAGGAAAGCGAUAAUGAUGUGUGUUGUGAAAGGAUGAUUGGCCAUGAUCAGUUGACAAUGCUAGGAGAAGAGCACUCAGUUGCAGUGAUUGUCCGAAGAUCAGAUUUUUGGCUAUACUACAUUACAUACUUCUGUGGAGGUACAAUUGGUCUUGUCUAUAGCAAUAAUCUGGGACAAAUUGCUCAAUCUUUAGGCCUGAGUUCAAGUACGUCUACCCUUGUUACUCUAUAUGCAUCCUUUUCGUUUUUCGGCCGCUUGCUUUCAGCUGUACCAGACUAUAUUCGUAGUAAGUUCUACUUUGCAAGAACUGGUUGGAUCUCCGUCGCACUUAUACCAACACCAAUUGCGUUUUUCUUGCUCGCGUCAUCAGGCACUUCUCUGGCUCUGUAUACAGGCACCGCACUAAUAGGGUUGAGUUCUGGAUUCAUAUUUGCAGCCGCCGUUUCAGUUACAUCUGAACUGUUUGGACCCAACAGUGUAGGUGUCAAUCACAACAUUCUCAUAACAAAUAUCCCAAUUGGUUCGCUUCUCUAUGGUUUUCUUGCCGCACUAGUUUAUGAUGCCAAUGCACAGUCAACACCGGGAAACUUUACAACGUCUGACUCGGUAGUUUGCAUGGGAAGGCAAUGCUACUUCUGGACAUUUGUCUGGUGGGGAUGCAUAUCUGUCCUGGGACUAGGUUCUAGUGUGCUGUUAUUCCUAAGAACCAAACAUGCAUAUGAACAUUUUGAGAAACACCGUAUUACGACGCAAGUUAUCGUGUCUUAACUUUUGUUGUUAAUGAGACGUGAUGAUCAUAGCGUAGCUGAAUUUGUUUCGAUUUUAGCAUAAGCUCUGCUUGUACAGGCGUGGAGAAACGGAGCAAAAAGCUAGAGUGAUAUUUGAGGAACAUAUGUACCAUAGUGUUUUUUGAACAAAUAUGUACCAUAGUGUUAUAUCAUAGAAGAGAGUUAGAUAUUCAGAAGUGACAAGGAUAAGAAUUUUGAUACAUCGAGGAAAUGAAAAAUGAAAAUAAAGAAAAGUGGUUUGAGACAUUGAGGAAAUAUGCAGCAAUAAACCAGAAAUGACACGUGAUCCUUCCGGAAGUUCUGCAGCCAUGAUUUGGUUCCAAUUAAGCAAAUUGCUUCUGUGCUUUGAACAGAGUUUUAUGCUUUGGCCUUGUUUGAGGCAACCUGGAUCCAAAGAUGCUGCUAUCUUAUGAUUUUGUGUAGUCAAACAUGAAAUUGUAAAGAUCUCCAAAGAAUAUGGGGCUCAAGUGCCCAAUUUUUCCUUAUAUUUUCUUUUUCUUGGUUUCUUCAUUGUAAAAGAAAAAUCAAACAUCAAUGGCUCAAUUCUGUAAUUUAGGAGAAUCCCCCCUACCUCCUACAAAUGGUGAAAAUGCAAUAUACAAGCUUCAUUUGAUUCUAUGA